AUGUCUGAAAAGACGCCCCCGCCAAAGGACGACAGACGACGCCGAUCGGCAAAAAAGCACCCGCCAAAAUCGCUCCGCGAACGCUUCCUCCACACGCUGCCCUACUACACAGGUCCCUACGGCGUGGGUUUCCUCGAGAUCGAAGCCCCGGCCCGCCGCCCGCGCACCGUCUCCCAGCUCAGGCGCGACAACGUCCCGCUGCUGAGGCUCGACACCGUGCUCUUCGCCGUCUUCUACCCGUGCACCCUCAAGACCAAGGUCGAAGGCGGCGACCCGGUGUCCAGGCACGGCCGUAAGGCUAGCACGCCCACCGCCAACGGCAACAACAAUAACAACAAUACGGUCAAAGAUGGUAGCGACGCGGAGAAGACGACCAAGAAUCCGAAGCUUUCGCGCGUGGGAUGGCUCCCGCGUCCGAGGCUGAACACCUGCAAGGGAUAUGCCAACUUCGCGAGCAUCCCAGAACUGCCGGUGACGGCGUACAUCGCUGCGACCACCAUGUUCACGAAGCUUCCUGCGCUUAGGAACGCCAAGCUGGCGGAGAACUGGCCGGAGGAGAUGCUGACGGACGAGGGGCCGGCAGGUGAGGCCGCGAGGAACGAGGAGUGCAAUACAUCAACAAAACCGAAGUUCCCCGUCAUCAUAUUCAGUCACGGGCUGGGAGGAUCGAGACUGUGCUACAGUGCCAUCUGCGGAGAGCUGGCGAGCUACGGCUUCAUCGUGGUCGCCAUGGAACAUCGGGACGGAAGCGGAGCCAGGACAAUCGUCAACAUCCCUGAGAAUCGAGAGACCUCCGACAGCGACUCUUCGUCUGCGCAGGCCAACGUCAAGCACGUGCCCGCCAACAAGAAUAGGAAGCGCAAUAAGGGAACCAGUGACCACUACUGCGUGGACUACCUUUUCCCGAAGGACAACGCCCAGGACACCUCACCCAACAGUGCCAAGGGAGUCGAUACGGUGCUGCGCAGUGCGCAGAUCGAAAUGCGAAUGUCGGAAAUAGAGGAAGCCUACUGGAUACUCGAACAAAUUAACGACGGUCGCGGUCACGAAGUCGAGGCCAUGAAUCUAAGGAAAGAGGGGAAUGUGGCGUCCAGCUCCAAGGGUCUCACUGGGAUCGACUGGGACGAUUGGAAGGAGAGGAUGUUUCUCGAGAACGUGACAGUGAUGGGACAUUCAUUUGGUGGGGCAACGAUAGUUGAGAUGCUGCGGACGGAGUCGCUCAGCUGGGUAGGUCAAGGCAUCAUCCUCGACGCUUGGGGUCCCGCCACGCCUCGACCGGGAGAGAACGCUAGACAUCGCGUAAAGAAGCCGCUUCUGUCGAUCGGAUCGGAGGCCUUUAUGCAUUGGCAGGAUAACUUUGACAGACUUGUCGACAUCUGCAACGAGGCGAGAGAACAGGAGGCACUCACCUGGAUGAUGACCAUCAAAGGUUCGACCCAUCUUUCCCAGACCGACUUUGCCAUUCUGUACGCGACGUGGAUGGACAUCCUCAUGAAGACGCUGGUAAAUCCACGGAGAGGCAUCUACCUCACCGUCUCGCCAGCCCUCGAGUUUCUGAAAAUUACCUUGCCUUGCCAGCAGACAAAGUACAACAUGUGGGUGGACAUGGGAGUCCUCAAGACCGCGGAGGCACCGUCGUCUCCAGACGCCAUGAUGACGUGCGAUCAUCGCCCCAAGGACAAGUGGAUCGCAGUAAAGCUCAAGGUCGACAACGAGGCGAGGCUGCGAGUUAAGCACUGGGUACGCCACAACAAGCACUCAUUAUUCCGCAAGGACAAAGGAACCGGUAUGCCGUCGGGGCUGAUCAACUGGGACGAGGGUAACGAGCUCUUCAUGCACUUCAGUCCGGGACCUGAGUCUGUGGACAAGUACAUGCGUGAGAAAGAGCGGGUGCCGGGUGGCGCCAAUCCUCAUUAG